AUGUUCCUCGCCUUAGCAUUCGCACUCGCCACUCGGGUUGUGGCGGAUGACUUCCGCCCAGUCUACCAUUUUGUCCCUGAGGAGAACUGGAUGAACGAGCCCAACGGGUUGAUUAAGAUUAAAUCAACCUGGCACCUGUUCUAUCAGCACAACCCAACGGCAAAUGUCUGGGGCAAUCUGAACUGGGGCCACGCAACCAGUAGUGACCUGGUCCACUGGACUCACCAGCCCCUUGCCAUAACAAGCGAGAACGGGGUCGAAGCGUUCACCGGCACCAGCUACUAUGAUGCCGACAACACCUCCGGUCUGGGAUCUUCUACCAGCCCACCCUAUCUGGCCUACUACACUGGAUAUUUUCCUUCCAACGGGACCCAGGACCAGCGUCUUGCCUUUAGCGUCGACGAUGGCGUGACCUGGACGAAGUACCAGGGCAAUCCUAUUAUCUCUGCCGCCCAGGAGUCACCCCAUGAUGGGACAGGGGGGUUGGAGACCCGCGACCCCAAGGUCUUUUUCCACCCGGCAUCUGGGAAAUGGGUUAUGGUCCUUGCCCAUGGCGGACAGGACAAGCUGACGUUUUGGACAUCGUCGAACGCAAAGUCCUGGACGUGGAAGAGCGACCUCUCUGCUGGCCAGAUCGACGGUCUACCCUCUGGAAUUACUGGGUGGGAAGUGCCUGAUAUGUUCGAGCUCCCUAUCCAAGGCACCAACGCGACGACCUGGGUGUUGAUUAUAACCCCUGCAAACGGAUCUCCUGCUGGUGGUAAUGGUGUUCUAGCCCUGACAGGUUCCUUUGACGGGUCAACAUUCAAACCUGACCCUGUCGACCCUUCUACUCUUUGGCUCGACUAUGGUCGCGACUUCGACGGUGCCUUGAGUUGGGAAAAUGUCCCUGCUGCAGAUGGGCGGCGGAUCCUUGCCUCUGUCAUGAACAGCUACGGCGCUAGCCCACCGACCAACACCUGGAAAGGGAUGCUGUCUUUCCCUCGGACCAUUACCCUGAAGGAAACAGCCUCCAAGCGAUACUUCCUCCAGCAGCCUGCCACUGAGCUCGCCCUCGUUGGUUCCCCGCUGGCGACAAUCCAGAAUCAAACCAUUACUACUGGCGAAACGUUGCUGUCAUCCAUCCACGGAACCGCGUUAGAUAUCAAACUUGCGUUCACCAUUAACGCAGGUUCCAAACUCUCACUGACAGUGCGCAAGGCCGCAUCGGAGCAGACAAUCAUUCAGUAUGACCAGACAGACUCGACGAUAUCUGUUGAUCGAACGAAGAGUGGGGACAUCUCCUACGACCCGGCUGCAGGCGGAGUCCAUAGCGCUUCCUUGAAACCAGAUGGUUCUGGGGUUAUUCAUCUCCGCGUCCUAGUCGACACUUGCUCGGUGGAGGUCUUUGGCGGGGAAGGAGAAGUUGUGAUUUCAGACCUAAUUUUUCCCAGCGAGACCUCCGACGGGCUAUCCUUGGAGGUGACUGGGGGAUCGGCCAAUUUGCACUCUGUCGAGGUGCGCGGCAUUUCGCUCAACUAA